AUGCCAGCAAUACCGGGAAAGAUCACCGCUCCGAACUAUGGGAACAUCCCUCACUCGCACAGGCUCCCCGUCACCCACCGCGAGGUCGUCCGCGCAUUCGGCAAGCUUUCGCGCACAUCCCUCAUCACCCUGGCCCAACAAUGGCUCCAGAAGAAGAAUCGCGACUUCUGCAAACCCUACCUGUUAGGUGAUCAGGACAAAAAUGCCGAGGAGGAAGACGAUGCGCCCUACGAGCCAGCGGAGAGCUACGAAGAGCUACAGGAAAUCUACAAAGAAUUGUUGUCUCGUAAGGGCGGAAGAAGAGAAGUUAUGGAUCGCAUUCUCGAGGGCGACUGGCGCACUGGCAUCUCCAUGUACCAGCUUGCGACGGCGGAAAUACAGCACCUGCUCGAUCACCCUCAAGCGCUCCGCUGGACCGCGAAACGAAUGGCCAAGAUUCCGAACAACAGAGUGGUUAAGGACAUGGAAGUGACGAAUGACUCGGAGCAUCUACCGCGAUUCCAGGCGCAAACAUUCAUGACGAACCUUGCCAAAGAGCUGAGUCCGUUGAUGAAGGCCCAUUAUCUGAUCACCAAGCUAAAGACGCUACCCAUCACCAUCCUCCGCGUAUACAUACACGAUUCCCCGUACAGCUCUGAGGCAUCAUUGGCGACAGAUUCCAAUUCUUCGGAUGGUGCCAAAGCCGUUUUCUUCAUCUGGCCCAACGGAUCGCCUUAUAUCUACGUAUCAUUAGCCACACAUCUGGGCCAGGUAGUCGGAGACGAGGGUCGACACCUGCGUGAUGUUGUUCUCCAAGCUAUUCCCAAAGCAUUCUCCCGCCCAUCAUCUCGCUAUCAACUUACCCCCACCAAUUUCACCGCGAGAUCGCUCAGUGCGCUUCUCGCAUAUCGCGGACCUGGAAAGAGCAAUGCAGCAGCUGGAGGAUGGAGCAUCUUUGCCGACCACAGCUUCAGCCAGAACGCGCUGGAUUUCGUGGCUACUGGGAAACUAAGCGAGGCCAAGGGAACAUCUGUCGACGCGGUCGCGCAAAAAGCUGGCCCGGGACGGCCAAAGAGACACAUUGAUGCAACAGAAACCCAGGAAGUCAAGCGGAGGAAGGCCGUUGCUGCGGGGCGCUUUGGUAGCUCGGGCAAGGCCAACGACGGGCAAGGCAUCGAGCGAUUUGAGGUCCGCAUUGACGAUCCGUUCCCGCCGCAAUCGAACAGCACACAGCAACAACAAGACGCCACAGGAGCGAGCGCGGAGACUUCACGAGGCAAGCGCAAAGGGCGGCCGUCCCUACUAGAUCGAUCAGCCGAAGACAUCCAGGAGAUCGAAGAACUCGACAAUGCCUGGGUCCCAGAUGUCCGUGUCACGUUCUCCGGAUCGCAUGUUUUCGCGGGUGUUAGGGAACUCGUCGAACAGGGUGUUGUGGACGGAGAGCAGAUGCCGGGAUGGAUGACGGGCGAGGCAGGCGUUACGAUCGGCGCCAUCAAGAACGGACGGAUUCGGAGUAAAGGUGCUGUUCCCGGUGUUUAAGUAAUACUCUAUCGAGCGGUGUUGUUUUUGUUCGGAUACCCCAUGCUCUUAAUUGCGGCGUUUUCAAUGCUCAUGGCGUUUUUUUGGUCGAUGGAAGCUUCACUCUUGUUUAUGCAUACCAAGCGCUUGGUUCGUUAUGGGGAGGAGAAAUCAUGGCGGCAGACAUACCUCUCAGUCUAAGUGUUAACGAAGUAGCCACGAAUUCCAUUGUUCGAUAUACUAUAUGCUAUAAAAACUUCCAAACG